AUGAGUCUCCUCGCUUCGGUGGAAUUCGCAUUUUGUGCCAUCACUGGAUCCAUCACAAUGUACAAUAUAAUCCAUCAAAAACCUGAGGACCUCACAGCGUUCGAAGUGUGUCUCGUCGGUCUGAUGCUCUUCUUCGGUCUCACGUGUAUAAUGUUGAUAAUCGGAGUCCAAAAACACGCCCAUCAACUCAUCUACCCAUCACUCCUUGCUCGUGGACUCACCACGCUCUUCCUUGCUGUUUUCGGUGUCUCCACUGUCUUUGCCUCUUCGAAAUCUCCUCAUACAGCCAUCGAGCAUCAUCAAUGGAGACAUAACGAGGGAAAAUAUGCACAUGAUGAACCGAAUAUGGCACUCCGAUUGGUUUUAUUCGUGUUCGCAAUGCUCUUCCUUACUGUCAUCAUCUUCUAUUGCUCCUAUUUGGUCGUCAGAUUGAUUCAUUACGAGCAGGCGUACGCCAGAUUAAAAGAGAGAAGAAGCUCGUUGAUUCAGGCUGGAAUGAUUGACCCCGACUUUCCGAGUCCCAACAAUUACUCCGCAUCUCGUCGUGCUUCUUCUGCAUAA